GGAGCAUUUUUUUUAUCACAUCUUUUAUUUUACAUUUGUUUUCAAACGAAGGGAAUGGGAUCCAAACUAGUUUCCGACGCAAACGCUUUUGUUAAAUUUCUCAAGUUAUGUCAAGAUGAAAGUAAAGACAACUGCACGUAUAUGGAUGAUAUUUCAGUACUGCUGGUGGAGAAGGAAGAGCUUUUACACAGCAUAAUCAGUGGAAAUCAGCCUGUCUUUGUCUGUGAGAAAGCACAACCAAAGUGUGAAGCAGCAUCUACAGAAACUUCAGCUGACACCAGUGUUGUUGAAGAGAUACUUUAUAAAGUGGAACAAGAUCUGGGGCCUCAGCCUCUCUCUGUCAUGAAAGCAAGGCAGCUGCUUUCGUGGUACACCAUGGCUCAUAACCCCAACAUGCCCCAAGUGGAAGUCCCAGGCACUUUGCACCCUCUCUGGGUCCGUUGUGACAAGUCUGACCCAUGUGCCAGUGCCUGGCUUGGAGUAGAAACUGUCUACAGUGGGAACAAAACCAGUGGUGUCAAACUGUAUACAGUCUGCUGCAAAGGUCCCGCAGGAGAUGAAACCUCUUUCACCACAUUGGAUGAGCUUAAACAAGAGCAUCAGAAUAGACACCAUCCUUCUACAGUGGCGACCAAAGGCUAUGCACAGUUCAACAUGUUUUGCUCCUUGAAAGAAGAAAGCAUGAUGUUUGAAUCUCAAAGCAGUGUAAUAGCGAGUCUGACAUGGAAUAAUGUGGACAAAGUCUUGGAAUGUCCUCCCUUGUCUUCUAAAGCAACUCUGAAUAUCAAAGUCUCAGUUGGAGACAUAAGAAGUCCAUUGUAUCAGACCCACAGAGAGAUGGAGUUCCUUCUGGCUCUGGCAGAGGGUUUGAGAACAGGAGAAACUGAAUGGUUGGAACCAAUGGAGACUCAGUCUGCAGUGGACAGGACCAGAGCACUUAUAGAGGAACUUGAGAACCUUGCUCAUGGAGUACCAGGACACACUGCCAAACUUUCUGAGAAACAGAAAGCUAAGACGGAUGCUGCUGCAGUUUUCAGCUCGAUGGUAAUUGAGAGAGGAGACCUGGAUUUUACUGAACAACUGUGGGAGAAGAUGAGGAGGAGUGUAACUUCAUAUCAAGACAUAACAGAAUGCCUGAAAAUUGUUGUCAAAGCAGUGAAACUUGGUAAAAUCAAACCAUGGAUCCACAAAGACAGCAAUAGCACUCUCAGUAAGUUGAUCCUGCAGUCGUACCAGCAGCAGAUAGACACCAUGCCUCUCACUGGCCUCACACCUGCUAAUAUGCUGCUGGAGUUGGGCCUGGACAAGAUCAGGAAAGACUUCAUCAACUACCUUGUUGGAAAGGAACUUACAACUCUGAACUAUUUGAGUUACUACCUGGACACUGAUGUUGACCUGCAGGAGCAGGUGAUACGAGUGAGGAAACUGCACCACCUGCUGGAGAUCCUGGGCACCUGCAGUACUUUUCUCAGUCUUCCUCAUGACCGCCUUUUCCUUUUCACUCAGUCCUGUUUGCAGUACUAUAAAACAUCCAACUAUGACGAGGACCACGUCUUCCAGUUGCAAAUUAAGCCUGCCCUCAUUAGCUACUUUUAUGAAAAGGAGCAGCCAUUCUCUUGGGGCAUGGAGGUGUCCAGUGGACAGGGGUCUAAGGAAGUCAAGACAGCAUUGUACCUCAGUGACAAGCCCCUAGUAGACCACAUCUGUUUUGACUUAGAUGUGCCCCUGGAUGAGUCUGUCAAUGGAGAGUGUGAGAAGAUGUCUUACUACAGGGCCGUGGUGAGCUGUAGCCUCAUCAGCUUCACUUAACACCGAUGGAGGUUUGCACAGAUGGACACUCCUUUCAAGAUUCUAUUCUGAUUCUUCUACUCUAAUCUGUCCUUUAAUGUGGUAUUUAACGUGGCUGUUUAAUUUGGUUAAUUACACCACCUUUAAUACAUAAUUUUAUAUAAAAUUGUUUAUAUAAUCUGUUGUUUUGUAUCAUCUGAAAAUAAACAUUUGGAACAUG